AUGUUUGACCGAUGCAGAAAAAUGAUUCAGAAGGAACAAGGGAACAGCGUGGGGACGAGGCCAGGCCGGCGAAUGUACACUGAGCCACCUCCUCAGCGCAAAUGCAGAGUGCGUGGGCGAGACACCACGUGCGGGUCCAGCUCGGUGGCACUUCUGGGCCCCUCGGUGGCGGGGUGGCAGAUGUUUGUGCUCAGAGAUGCUGCCGUUUGUAAAAGAAUGGACUUGGUUUGCCAGAGAAUGUUGAAUCAGGGGUUUCUGAAAGUGGAGAGGUACCAUAAUCUGUGUCAGAAGCAAGUGAAAGCACAGCUCCCAAGGAGAGAAUCAGAAAGGAGAAACCAUUCUUUAGCUCGCCAUGCGGACAUCCUUGCUGCUGUGGAAACAAGGCUGUCACUGUUAAACAUGACUUUUAUGAAGUAUGUGGAUUCCAAUCUUUGUUGCUUCAUCCCAGGAAAGGUGAUCGAUGAGAUUUACCGGGUGUUGAGAUAUGUCAAUUCUACCAGAGCCCCACAGCGAGCUCAUGAAGUCCUCCAGGAGUUAAGGGAUAUCUCCUCCAUGGCCAUGGAGUACUUUGAUGAGAAGAUCGUUCCAAUUCUGAAGAGGAAACUGCCAGGAUCAGACGUGUCUGGAAGGCUCAUGGGCUCUCCUCCAGUGCCAGGCCCGUCCGCAGCCCUAACGACAAUGCAGCUCUUCUCAAAGCAAAACCCUUCAAGACAAGAGGUUACUAAACUCCAGCAGCAGGUUAAGACCAACGGUGCUGGCGUGACUGUUCUCAGGCGGGAAAUUUCUGAGCUUCGCACCAAAGUGCAGGAACAGCAGAAACAGCUUCAAGACCAAGACCAGAAACUGCUUGAGCAGACCCAGAUCAUAGGUGAACAGAAUGCGCGAUUGGCGGAGCUGGAGCGCAAACUGCGGGAAGUCAUGGAAAGCGCAGUGGGACGCUCCUCCGGGCCGGGGCAGAGUGAGGAGUCUCCUCGGAAACGGAGGAAGGCCGCAGAAGCCAUAGACUCGCUUAGAAAAUCGAAGCGGCUUCGGAAUCGAAAGUAAAUGGGAGCGUGGCCUUGCUCCAGAGAGGGCACAGCCUGGAGCCUGAGCAGUUUUGCCUGUCAGGACCCUGGGAAUAAUACUGUGUCCCUGGGGCUUCUAGGCCUUAGAACACGACCUCGUGGUUGGGGUGUUCUCUCCCUGCUUCUCCUUGCGGAACCGAUGCACAGAAUCUUUUUCCUUUGCAGUAGAUUUGUACUAACCAGACCUGUUCUAUCAUGUUUUGGGGAAUUGACUUUUUUCUGUGCAGAUAAUGUUUAAGUUUAUUUGUUUCUGCAUAUAUGCACAUUACCUAGGAUCUUAAGCAAACCAGACUUGACAGACUAGAAGUUGUUUCAUACAGAAAAUGUCCUGUUCACUUGAAAGAAAAAAAACCUACUUUUUAAAUGGACACUAUCUUGUUUUAAAACAAAAGUUGACUUUUUGUUAUAAGUGACCUUUGUCUGGAAUGUCUGAAAAGUAGUUAAUGCUUUUUGGUAUCAGAGUAAUGGGGUAACUGAAAGGACUUGCAUAGUAUUGCCUCUACAGUACUGACUAUAUAUUUUUAUAAACUACUGGCAAGGGAUGGAUCCAGUUGGUAUCCACAUUUUCAGCUCUCUCUGGGGCCAUGUCCUACAUUCGCAUGUAUGGAUGCAUGCACUGCCCGGUCAACCCACUUAAAAGCUCUUGCACUGGCAUUGAUCUUGAACCUCUGUACUUCUCCUCUCUCAGCGUCUUGUUGAUUUAAGCGCUUUACAUCUUCCAUUGCAACCGCUUGCCUCCAGGGGAGAAUUGUUAGUCCAUUUGUCCUCCAGUUUUCUAGGAACAAGAGACUAUUAAAGCCCGUUGCUUAGCUGUGCUCUGUUAGGGUUCAGGUACACUGGCUGAGGCAGAAUCCCAGGCCCAAGCUCCUUCUAUCAAGACCAGGCCUCUGGGACCUAGUGCUGGUCCUGAUGCCUCACUGUGCUUGUGGGUCAGAUGUGGUGACCGAGUUGGGGGCCCAGCGUGUGGAUUUAGUUUUGCCACUGAAGGAAAAAUUCACUGAUGAAAAUAGUGCCAUGAGAAAGCAAUUCGAUCACUUCAUUUCUGGGAGCUGACCUGAGGGAAGCUUUCUAUAUUAAUUUCAGGCUUCCCUUGUCCUAUCUUUAAACAGAGCUUUAAUUUUGUUUGCACUCCUGUUUUGAGCUUGUAACUGGAAAAGCAUGUCUUGCACUGUUCACCCUUCUGAGUGGUCACUUUAACAGCCUCCAAAUUGUGUACAGUGGUUCUCUUCCCAAGCUGUAUACUUUCGAGACAUUCAGUUAUCACUGUCUUAGCUUUAUUUUAAUGUACUAAAUUAUGUAGUUAUUUGACUGUUAAGUUCUUUUAAACUGCUGCCAUUGGGCUUCAGUUGUUUAAAGUAAAUGUAGGUGUAAUUUAGAAAACUAUCCCUCUCCAGGUGGGAGUUUGACACCUGUAUAAAAUCUAAGGUUUGGGUAAGUACCUUAGUUGAAUAAAAGCACAAGGUUAUCACUUCCUGUAUCCGUCCAGCAUGACAUGAUUAUUCAUUCUCUAGGUAAAGUUGCCAGAUGGAACUUUUUCCUAUCCAUUUUUAGUAUUGUCCUUUUAUAAUUUUGUCCUCGGAUUUUGAUCAAUUCUAUGUCUUAACGUUUAAACCCCAUUUACAAUGUAGUUUGUUUUCAAUGAGAAAACCAUAAAGUAACGUCCAGGUGUUUCUUGGUAUGUUGGGAAGGUAAUUUUAAAAUAAACAGUUUCCUAAAAACACUUGUCAGCCAAGGUCAUCCAUAAAAGUCCCUUUCUGGAAUGCAUUUUCUCACAGGUCUCACUUUUGUAAUCAUAGGAUUUAGCCAUAUUAUCAGAACUUUGCAGAAGGCCUACUGGCAUACUCACAGCCUUUAAUAGUUGUUUUAUGCUAAGAGGAAGACUUUUUGAAGUGGCCAAGGGCAGGUUUACAAAUUGUGAAUCUUAUGCAUCAAAGGGAUGGAGCCUCAAAUUAUUUCUGCAGUAGUUGUUAAUGAAACUUUCCUGAAUUUCUUUUUGAGCUCCAUCUGGUUAGCCUAAAUGUAUCUUUAUUCUUGCGUUGUUUAACACAAGUGUGUGGUGUUCAUAAUGAGCAUCCACGGUAUUGGAAGUUAAAUUUUCAGUUCCUCACCCCAGAUUUCUGUAGCACACACACAGUCUCGAGUUGCGCUUGUCAGUACAUGAAUUUCCACAUGCAGGGGAACCAAACACUACAGUUGAAUUGAAGUUUCAGACUCCCUAAACCACCGUCAUUGAGCCAGCUGUUGGGUAGCUGUCACACCUGCUCUGGGGUAGCUUGCUUGCAGGUACUGCAUUCUGCAAAUCACACGUCAUUUUCAUCAGCUCAGACUGAUAACAUUCCACUGAAAUUGUAAGUUGGGUUCCUAGGAGAGCGCCCUCCCACCCCAAAGUUUCUGUUCAGUCAUCCAAAUGACCGAAUGUGUGUUACGAAUAGCACAUCACCAUCACCUUGACUGUUUCACAGAGACGUGUUUCACUGGGUCCACCUAAAUGUACUCUGGUGCAACACCAGUACGUGUGCGCAGACAGUGAAGGGGGCUGACCUCCCCCCAACCCCCAUGCACUCACAUGAGUCCCACACACCUUGAGACUGCAGAGCCUGUUGUGUUCAAACUUGUCUUCUGCCACAGGGAGCCUGGAAAUGGGGCAAACGCGGAUAAGUUCAGAGAGGUCCUCCUUUCCCGAAGCCUGUUGGGGUGCCAUCAGCUCUAAAGCCAAUCCUUUUGGAAGCGAGUUUUUUGUGAAACAUUUUUUGGAGUACUGAAUUUUACAGGGGCCUGCCUUAAUCUCUGUUUAGUAGUUUCAAGAUGUAUACGCAUUAUUCUACAUGUUAAAAUAUUCUGUGUAGCCCCUAACGUGGGUAAAACAGUAUAAGUAAUGCCUAAGUAAGCUAAAAGGUGUCAC